AUGUCGAAAAAUACAAAUCGCGGAGAAACACGCGGGGCGCUCAUUGUCGUCGAGGGCUUGGAUCGAGCUGGAAAAUCAAGCCAGUGCGAGCACCUGCGCGACUAUCUGCAAGAGUCAGGCCACUCAGUAAAAUAUGUUCGGUUUCCAGACCGUACCACGGCCAUUGGCAAACUAAUUGAUAGCUAUUUACGUGGUCAGUCACAGUUGGACGACCACUCAAUUCAUCUCCUCUUCUCUGCCAACCGUUGGGAGGUUGCCAAGGAUAUUAAAGCAGACAUAGCCAAGGGGAUCACUGUGAUUGUGGACCGUUACUCAUACUCCGGUGCCGUGUACUCUGCCGCAAAAGGCAUUCCAACUUUAUCUCUUGAUUGGGCGUGGCAGCCAGAAGUCGGAUUGCCCCGGCCAGAUAUGUGCCUUUUCCUUCGUAUCUCCCUUCAGAGGCCGCAAAGCGGGGCGGGUUUGGCGUGGAACGGUAUGAGAACGAAACCAUGCAGAGCCGUGUACGCGAACUCUUCCAGACUUUAUUUGACCUGCAACCCCACGGCGACAUCCACGUUGUAA